AUGUCGGAGUUAAAUCUACGCCAGUUCCAUGCGGCCGCUAUUUUGCGGAUGUAUGACCAAACGAAAGAGGGGAGGGCUGGUGACCUCAAUGUCACUCAAAUUGAUCAGCGUAUAAAAUCUGCUGCCGUCCAUUUUGAUCGGAUGCUCACAAAUCAUGAGGCUUUGGUUGCCGCAGCCAAGGAGGAGGACUUAGAGGUACACUCAGGAUGGUGGGACUCCACCGAAGCUGCCUACAUAGAUUUGUGCGCAACGCUGAAUCAACGACGAAGAGAGUUGGAGGGUGAAUCUCUGCCUGCCAACAAUUCGCACAAAGUUUCGCCAAUGGAAUUAAAAUUAGAGCCGCUGUGUAUACCAUCGUUUGACGGAUCCGCUUAUAAGUGGCUUGCAUUUAAGGAUGCAUUUGAGACAUUGGUUCAUCAACGGGAUUUGCCGGUGGCAUACAAGUUGGGGAAAUUGCGUCAGGCAGUUAAGGCAGAGGCGGUUCCGUUGGUUGGAGGUUUGUAUUCGGGUGGCUAUGAAGAAGUGUGGACGGCGCUGAAAAAUCGAUAUGACAACCCUAAGCAAUUAGCGGAGAUCCACGUUGCUAGAUUUCUGAACAUGAAGUCACAGACUGAGGAUACGUCCAGGGCGUUACUGGGUGUCGUUGAUGGGGUAAACGAGUCCUUGCGAGCGUUAGCGGUAAUGAAGUUACCUGUCGACAAAUGGGAUGCCCUUACCGUCCCCAUUGUGGUUUCUAAACUCUCUACUCGCACACAGCGAGAAUGGUGCAUGAAUUGCUCCCCUACCGAGCUAUCCACUUUAACUGAGUUGCUAGCAUUUUUAGAAAAACGAGCGCACAGUCUUUCGACAGAACUUUGCCCGGUAGCGGAUCAUCAUGAAGUGCUGCAUUCUUCGUCAAAGCAGAAAAACACACUCCGUCUUCUAAAGUCCAACCUCGCCACAACUGAUGAUGGCAACUGUCAACACUCAAGCAAUACAAUCGUUACUAGCAUCGAAAAGGGAAGCCAGACUGUUCUAUUAGCUACAGCACGUGCCCACGUCAUCGGCAAGGAUCUCAAGCAACGGGUGUCUCGUGUAUUAUGCGAUCCUGGAUCUCAAGUAAGUCUGAUCUCGGAAUGUUUGGCUAAUGGUUUGGGUCUUUAUAGGAGCAAGUGUGAGAUUAUGGUGGAGGGGAUUAGUGGAGUGGCAUGUUCGAGGACCAAGGGUAGCGUCCGAUUUACGAUAAAAAGCAUUUUUUCUAAAUUUGAACUGGACAUUCAUGCAUUGGUUAUUGGUUCGAUUACUUCAGUUACACCAGCGGUUAGUGUCGAUAUUGGGCAAUGGAGACAUUUGGCAAAUCUCCAAUUGGCAGACCCAUAUUUUGGUACUCCGGGUCAUGUUGAUGUACUUCUUGGUGCUGAUGUCUGGGGUUCGAUUGUAGAAGGGGAUGUCAUACAUGGAGGGUAUGAUGAACCUCACGCACAGCUUACCCGACUUGGUUGGGUUGUAUUUGGGCCAGCGUCCGUUCCGGGCCAUUCUAGUACAACAGUUGGCAAUUAUUGCGCGCAGAUUAGAGACGAGUCUUACUUGGAGGAUCUCAUUUGUAAUUUUUGGAAGCUCGAAGAAGUACCGGUGACAACUAAGAGCUCGGAUGAUGAAUGCGAGCGGUUCUUUGCCACUACACACCAACGUAUGGCCGACGGACGCUAUGUUGUGAGAUUGCCAUUCUGUCAAGAUGGUCAACCGUUAGGCGACUCUUACGUCAACGCUCGACGUCAGUUCUCGCGUUUGGAGCGACGUCUGGCUGCUGAUCCGGACAUGCAGGCAAAAUAUAUAGCGUUUAUGAGGGAAUAUGAGUCCCUUGGCCAUAUGGAAAGAGUUGUUCAGCCAGUUGUUCAAUCCGGAUGCUAUUAUAUUCCCCACCAUGCUGUAUUGGGGAAGUUUAGAGUGGUGUUCAAUGCAUCCGCUCCUACCUCCAACGGGUUUUCGCUUAACGAUAUCCAACUGGUUGGAUCCCCCAUUCAAGAUUCGUUAAUCAACAUUAUCCUCCGCUUCCGACGCUAUGCCAUCGCGAUCACAGCCGAUGUGGAGAAGAUGUUUCGCCAGGUUCUCGUGGCACCACAAGACAGAGACUUUCAGCGUAUACUUUGGCGUGAAUCUCCAUCAGAGGAAGUAAUUACUUACCGACUGUCUACUGUCACGUAUGGCAUGGCAUGCAGUCCUCAUAAUGCGAUAAGGGCUAUGCAUCAGUGUGCGUACGACAGCUUCGACAAGAUUCACAAUCGCAAUAUGGGCAUCCAAGCGCGAGAAUCCAUUCUCUCAUCAUUCUACGUGGAUGAUUUCCUCACCAGUUGUAGCACCGUCGAAAGUGCUAUCACUUUAGCAACGAAUAUCGACACCAUUCUGAGAGCUGGAGGCUUUAAGUUAAGGAAGUGGAAUUCUAAUGACGCCGCCGUAUUGAUUCCAUUAGGGAAGGGCUUAUCACCUACGGAAUGCCCUAUUGAUGCAUCAGUUGCCUCUGUGCUAGGUUUGCGAUGGAGUCCAGUCGACGACAUCCUGCUGUUCAACGUGGAACUCAAGCAACCCGGCGGUGUAUACACCAAGCGCAGUGUGCUCAGCGAGGUGGCGAAGUUGUUUGACCCAACAGGAUUCUUGUCACCCGUAGUGGUGGUGGGUAAGAUAUUUAUUCAAACUCUUUGGUCCGCAGGUAUUGAUUGGGAUACUGCUCUAACAACGGAAUUACGCGAAAUUUGGCUAACAUUUCGCAAUGACCUUACUGCUCUCAACAUGCUUCGGAUACCUCGUUGGCUUGGGAUGAAGGAAGGGUCAACUACCACGCUUUAUGGGUUCUGCGAUGCCAGCCAAAAGGCAUAUGCUGCCGUGGUGUACGCUCGAACAACGAAUUCUCAGGGGGACGUUCACGUAGCUUUAAUUACGGCCCGAACCAAGGUGGCACCCCUAAGAGGAGCCACUAUACCUCGCUUAGAGCUAUGUGCGGCACAGUUACUAGCUGAGACUCUUCGAAACGUCCGAAGUGCAUUAGGAUUAGUCGACCAAGUAGCAUCUUUGUGGUCAGACUCGACUAUCACCCUCUGUUGGUUGCGAAAGCAGCCUGAGACGCUUAAACCCUAUGUAUCAAAUAGGGUCCGGCAAAUACAAGAGUUAACUUUGAGGGAUGAAUGGCAUUAUGUACGUUCAUCGCAAAACCCAGCGGAUUGCGCUAGUAGAGGCAUAUCUGCUUCAGAACUUUUGGACCACCAUUUAUGGUGGAGUGGUCCCAGUUGGCUACGGGAUGACACAAUAGAUCCCACCUGUCACCCUAAACUACGUGAUUGCGAUGAAGCUGUAGUGAAUAGCGAGAGAAGGGUACAGUGUUUAGCCGUCACAGUCACUCAUUUAACAUUGACAACGCGACGCUUAGACGGUGAAAUUAUUCCGCUUACAGAUCGAUUCAGCUCGUUAAAAAAACUUAUACAUACUACGGCGUUAAUACUGAGGUGGCUUCCUAGAAGUCGAAGUUUUCGCCGUUCCACAAUUGACCCCCAGGAGAUGGAGACGGCAUUAGAAUGGCUCAUGAGAAUCGAUCAAAUGAAUGCGUUUCCGAAAGACAUUAGGUGCAUACAGGGUGGGUCGGCAUUACCAACUGCUAGUAGUAUACUCCCGUUAAAUCCUUAUCUAGAUGACCACGGACUAUUACGAGUUGGAGGCCGCAUUUCGAAAUCUGCGUUAAUCGAGGCACAUAGACACCCAAUCAUUCUUCCGAAGUCAACGGGGCUAGUACGGCUGCUUAUUACACAGGCACAUAUCGACACUCUUCACGGCGGAACUCAGCUGACUCUUCAAACUCUUCGAUGUCGCUUUUGGAUUAUUCAUGGGAGAGUAGCAGUACGUAGUCUGAUCCUCAAAUGUGUCAUAUGUCGUCGCAACCGGGGAGCUGUUUUAACACAACAAAUGGCCUCGCUACCUCGGCAUCGGGUUCAGGCAGCUCGACCCUUCAUUGCGUCCGGUGUUGAUUACUGUGGCCCGUUCAACUUGCGUAUUGGAACCAAAAGAUCGCGGACUACAGUGAAAACGUACUUGGCGAUUUUUGUUUGUACGGCGACGAAGGCUGUUCAUAUUGAGGUUGCUGAUGAUCUCUCCACACAGGCUUUUUUGGACGUAUUUACUCGGUUUGUUAGCCGGCGAGGCCCAUGCAGGGACUUGUACAGCGACAACGGAACUGCGUUCGUUGGAGCUAACCGCGUUCUGAAGGAAGACUUAGCCGCCUGGUUUAAUGAACGGAGUAUUCAGUCACUGGCUGAUUUGGGUACCCGGUGGCAUUUUAUAACGCCGAGCGCUCCCCAUCAAGGAGGCCUAUGGGAAGCAGCUGUGAAGUCUGCAAAGCGGCACUUAGUACGCGUAGUGGGUACGCAAGCACUUUGGUACUCUCAGCUACAGACGUUGGCGACUCGCAUCGAGGCUUGUCUGAAUUCUCGCCCACUCGUACCAUUGCACGAUGACCCGGAUGACAAUGCGCGUUAUAAUGGUGAGCGUAGUCCAGCAAAAGUUGAAGAGUUCAUUGCAGCAAUUUCAACUUUCAAAGCGGUGGAGAAAAUUGUGGAUGCUGCCGAAUGGUGGCGUGGCAUUAAGGAGCAAGUCGCUGAUUUUGCAGACGUUACACGUAGUCUGCGCGAAAGUUUUGCACCUUCAAAACCGGCCUGGAGAUUUAUGCCGAAAUCUUUGAUUUAA